GUAAGUUACAGUUAUUGAACUCGGUAUAUAAACUUGCCCUCUGCCAUUACCUUUAUAUAUUCGGAUCGGGUAAAAUUGCAUAUUAUUAUAUAAAUAAACUACACUGAAUUUAUUUUAAAUUGAAACUAAAAUGAACGCUCAGGUCUUAAAUCUUGUCGCCGCUUUAGGUGUUAUGCAAUACUCUAAAAAAUUGGACUUUACUGAUCCUCAAAUUGUUUACUAUGCUCGUGCUGCAUAUGUGAUCUCCAACGCUAUCAUUUUUGGUGUUUAUUCUAUUAUUCAGACCCGAAUUAGCUCUAAUAAUGAUCGUACUCCCUUGGUUUAUGAAGAGCCACCUGCUCCUUUUUCUGGACAAGCGAGUGGAAAGCGUGUCACUACUACUGUCAAGGAUUACGACAAUGACCAACUCCAAAAGGCUAAGAAGAGUUCUAUGAUUGGUGUUGCUAUGAUGGCCUUUAUGCACUUGUACAUGGGUUAUGCUCAGCCUUUGGUACUCCAAUCCAUUCUCCCUUUGAUCAGUUUGUUCACAAAUCAAUUGACUUCUAUCUACAUCCUUGGAAAAGCUGCUGAAGGCAGUUUGGCUCGCCCUUUUGCUGCUUCUGGUGGAAUGUUCAAUAACACCAAUAAGCCUGCACCUUCUUCUAGCAGCCCUGCUGCUAAUGCCUCUCCCUCCGAGGGUCCUACCAUCACUGAAGUGAAAGAUGAUGAAAAGACCUCCUAAAUAAAGUCUCUGAACGCUGAACAUGUCUAGAUUCCUUAAGAAAAUAAUUCAAUGGGUUUU